GAAGGCUAGCUAGCGGAGCGGAGCCGUUGAUCCCGGCGCGAUCCCGAGCAGCGCGGAGUGCGGAGCGGCAGGCGCGAUGGGCGGGGAGCAGGAGGAGGAGCGCUUCGACGGCAUGCUGCUGGCCAUGGCGCAGCAGCACGAGGGCGGCGUGCAGGAGCUUGUGAACACCUUCUUCAGUUUCCUUCGACGCAAAACAGACUUUUUCAUUGGAGGAGAAGAGGGGAUGGCAGAGAAGCUCAUCACACAGACUUUUAACCAUCACAACCAGCUGGCACAGAAGGCCCGGCGAGAGAAGCGAGCUCGUCAGGAGACAGAACGGCAGGAGAAGGCAGAGCGGGCAGCCAGGCUGGCAAAGGAGGCCAAAGCAGAGCCCUCUGGGCCUCAGAUCAAGGAGCUGACUGAUGAGGAGGCAGAAAGGCUGCAGCUGGAGAUCGACCAGAAAAAGGAUGCAGAGAAUCAUGAGGCCCAGCUCAAGAACGGAAGCUUAGGCUUGCCAGGGAAGCAGGAUGCUGAGGAGGAAGAGGAUGAGGAAGAUGAGAAGGACAAAGGGAAGCUGAAGCCCAACCAAGGCAAUGGGGCCGAUCUGCCCAACUACCGCUGGACCCAGACUCUGUCGGAGCUGGACCUGGCAGUGCCCUUCCGUGUCAGUUUCCGGCUGAAAGGGAAGGACGUGGUGGUAGACAUCCAGCGGCGGCACCUCCGGGUGGGGCUCAAGGGACAGCCAGCCAUCAUUGACGGGGAGCUGUACAAUGAAGUGAAGGUGGAGGAGAGCUCGUGGCUCAUUGAGGACGGCAAGGUGGUGACAGUGCAUCUGGAGAAGAUCAAUAAGAUGGAGUGGUGGAAUCGCUUGGUGUCCAGUGACCCUGAGAUCAAUACCAAGAAGAUUAAUCCUGAGAACUCCAAGCUGUCAGACCUGGACAGUGAGACCCGCAGCAUGGUGGAAAAAAUGAUGUAUGAUCAGAGACAAAAGUCAAUGGGUCUGCCCACCUCUGACGAGCAGAAGAAACAGGAGAUCCUGAAGAAGUUCAUGGAUCAGCACCCAGAGAUGGAUUUCUCCAAGGCCAAAGUCAACUAGCCCCUGGGUUUGCCUUUGUGAACUCUUGAGGCUAUACCCUCAGCCACUCAAUUUCCUUUCCCACCCAUCCCUGGAACCUGGGAGCCUCAGGGCUGGGGCAGGCAUGGGACUGGCCCAGGCAUGCCAGGUCGCAGGGCAUCAUGGGAGAAGGGCUGGGCCUUGGGGGUCUUGUCCUCCCCAUCUGGCCUACUGUUACACAUUAAAGCUAUUUACCCAGC